GCAGUUUGAGAUUGAGAUCCUGAGACCUGCAGCGAAAGCGCGGAAGAAGAGGGUCGUAUUGCCGAGCUGCUCCGGGGUGGGAGGGGAGGAAACACCUCGACGAUGGCGGCCGCCCUAGGCUCCCGGACCCUCAGCAAGGACGACGUGAACUACAGGAUGCAUUUCCGAAUGAUCAACGAGCAGCAGGUGGAGGACAUCACCAUCGAGUUCUUCUACAAGCCGCACACCAUCACGUUGCUCUCGUGCACCGUGCUCAGCCUCAUGUACUUCGCCUUCGCCAGGAAUGAUGGUGAUCCUGACAAUAACCUUCGUGUAGGCCUCAUCCUGGUUGUGUUUUUCUUCCUCAUCAUCAGUGUCCUUGCCUUCCCAAAUGGCCCAUUCACCAGACCACAUCCAGCAAUAUGGCGAAUGGUUUUUGGUCUGAGUGUUCUUUACUUCCUGUUCCUGGUCUUCCUCAUCUUCUUGAACUGGGACCAAGUGAAAACCUUGAUGUACUGGCUGGAUCCUGAUUUGCGCUAUGCCAUGCGAGAGGCUGAUGUCAUGGAUUAUGCUGUCAAUUGUCAUGUGAUCACCUGGGAACGGAUCCUGAGCCACUUUGACAUCUUUGCCUUCGGUCAUUUCUGGGGCUGGGCCAUGAAAGCGCUGCUGAUCCGCAGCUAUGGCCUCUGCUGGACCAUCAGCAUCACCUGGGAGCUUACAGAGCUGUUCUUCAUGCACCUGCUGCCCAACUUUGCUGAGUGCUGGUGGGACCAGGUGAUCCUGGACAUUCUGCUGUGUAACGGAGGGGGCAUCUGGCUGGGCAUGACUGUGUGUCGCUUCCUGGAGAUCCGUACAUAUCACUGGGCCAGUAUCAAGGACAUCCACACAACCACAGGGAAGCUGAAGCGUGCUGUGUUACAGUUCACGCCGGCCAGCUGGACCUAUGUGCGCUGGUUCGACCCAAAAUCUUCCUUCCAGAGGGUGGCGGGUAUCUACCUUUUCAUGAUUAUCUGGCAGCUUACAGAACUGAACACCUUCUUCCUGAAGCAUAUCUUCGUGUUCCAGGCCUCUCACGCACUCAGCUGGUGCCGCAUACUCUUCAUCGGAGUCAUCACCGCCCCAACUGUUCGGCAGUAUUACGCCUAUCUCACAGAUACACAGUGUAAGCGAGUCGGGACACAGUGUUGGGUUUUUGGGGCCAUUGCUUUCUUGGAAGCCCUGGCUUGUAUCAAAUUUGGCCAGGAUCUGUUUUCAAAAACUCAGAUCUUAUAUGUCAUCCUGUGGCUCCUGUGUGUGGCCUUCAUCACCUUCCUCUGCCUGUAUGGGAUGGUGUGGUAUGCGCAGAACUAUGGCCCCAGGCUCAAGAGCCUUUCAGAGUGUGAAGACAGCAACUACAUUGACUCCUGUGGAUAUGUGCCAGAAGUCAUCAAAGGGGAAAAGGAGUCUGGGAGCAACACUCACUCGUCCAGGCGGCGGAAGGGCUCUGCGAAGAACAAGACCAUUAAUGGGCUAGGGGGCAAAAAGUAAUAGGAGAUGGCCAAGGUUUUUCUUGAUUGAGAGACAAGGAUAUGAAGAGUGAGAGAGAGAUGGACAGGAGGGAGGGCAAGCAGAAGCAAGAGUAUGCACACAAAGCAGACGGGUGACAGUGAAGUAAGGGAGAUAGGCCUCGAUCAGGUGUUGAUCCUGCAGUGUUUGUCCACGUUUAGGCUGCUUUUGGUUCUACCCUCUGCAUUCCUUAAACUUGACAAACAGUAGGUUAGUACCAAACCCACCUAUUGCACACACUGACCCCACAACCACACAAAAUCAGCAAAGGGACUCUCCACGAAUCACCAUGCCCCACCUCUGUCCUGCUAAUAUGACACGUGAGUGUGUACUUGCACAUUUUCUAAAUAUUUCCUAUUCUGAGUUUAGACUUUGUGGCUAAAUAAGGACUGGAAUGUAACCAGGAAGCAGUUAUGUGAACACACUGUUUCCAUGGCAGCUGCAUUUGUAUGGAGGCUUUUGGUAUCGUCGAGCAUGUGGUUCAGUUGCCCACCCCGAACCACUGGGUGCCCCACGUGUUGGUACUGGCCUGCAUAUUUCUCUCUGUUCUGUACGGUGACCCUAAGCCGCAGUCAUGCCCGUUUUGCCUUCCAUCACACAUUGCUUGCCUGCUCUUCUCUUGUCAUUUUUCUUUUCACUGAAAAGCACAGAGGAAAAAAAGAUUUUUGGCUUAGAUUUUUAGCAAUAACAAUUUCUGCUUGCACUGCUUACAACUUUCACUUUGCCCUUUGUAUCCAUAGAGGACAUGUCUCCAGGCUGUAUCUGCACUUCUUUCCCCCAAGAACACGCUGGCAUGCAUUUGCUCACCAUUGUCUACUGGGUUUAUGUGGUACUUGAGUGUAUGUAAAUCGAUUGCAUGGGUGUGUCUAGCUGUGAGUCUCUGCUGGAUGUUAAUCUCACUGAAACAAGGUCCAUGUCUUAGCCGCUAUACGUGUCACUGCAGACAUCAGCUGAGCUGGUUUACUGUAGGCAGACGUGUUUGACUGGAGCACAGCCGCUGAAUGUCAGGAGAAUAGUACCAUCUUUCCUCUGGACCGAGGACCCCGUAUGUCCUUAAAUCACUGUGUGCUUUAAGGGGCUUCUCAGCACAGCCAGAUGUUUAACCUCACAGCUAGCACAGUGGCCCUUUACUGUGCAGGACAAUCUAGGCCCCAGCUGGCCCCUACUUCCCAUUUCACUGGUAAUACUGCCCCAUAUCCCCAUGGUCUUAGUUGUCAGUUUAACCAUGUUUGUGCACUGUACUCUACUUCUACAGACAGCACUAAUUUUUGCCAAAAACCUGUUUAAACUGUUUUGCCUUUUUUUCCAAGCACAAGGUCAAAAGGUAUCAGUUCCUUGCAUAUAAUUUUGUACACCUUUUUUCUAUUGGAAUGUAGCUUCAUGAUUCAAACAUUUUACAUACGAUAGAAGGUUAUUCACAGCUUCUCCCAGUGCAAAUGGGGGGUGGUAUCGACUUGCAUGUGGUGCACUUCAUUCCUGUUCCCCAAGUGUCCUCUCCCCAUAUGGUUUUAUGCACAUAAUGGCACUUGUGUGAUGUUUUAACAUGCUGUCCUUUUUUCUUCUUUUUCUACUUGUUACCCAAAAAUCACAAAUGAAUGAUUUUUACUUACUCGUUAAAUAAUAAUUUUGCCAUUUUUUUUAAUGAGCUCGUAAAACGUCAGAUUCCAUUAGAUAACAUAACUGAUGGUGUAGAUCUGGACAGGACACUGCCGUUCAGACCCUGUUGACCCCAACUGGUGGCUGUACAGUCUGCGCUAGUGACGUUUGUUACAUACCUGCACUGCUUCGGCUAGAAUGAAGAGAAUUUAACUCACACUUGUAACAGUUUUUGUACACAAGCAAAAUGUAUUGAUGUAUUUGGUCUCUAAAUAUAAUUUGUCUGUGUGAACUAAUCACUGUGGAAGGGUUGGAUGAACAGUGUUCCUUAUGAAUGAUCAACAGAGAAUGAAACUAAGAAAUAUUAUGCCGUGUACUGAGUGAGAUGCGUAUGGCAAAAUGCAAGGUUAAACGCUCAGUUGGAGACCUUGUAUUAUAAAAAGCAGAGUACAAUAAUAAAAUACUUGUAUAAUGAAAGUAUUAAACUGACCAGUUUAUAUCCUGGAGGAUGUUUUGAAAUCAAGAUGCAUUUGUAAUAUGUAAAUCCAGCUUUAAAAAAAUA